CCAACCGCAGUCGAGCAACUUCACCUCCGCUCGUCUAUCACUCCGUCUUCAUCCUCCCAAGACGUCCCACACAUAAACCCUCAAGAUGACCAAGCGAACGAAGAAGGUCGGCGUGACCGGUAAAUAUGGUACCCGUUACGGUGCCUCCCUGCGAAAGCAGGUCAAGAAGAUGGAAAUCACCCAGCACGCCAAGUACACCUGCACCUUCUGCGGAAAGGUCACCGUGAAGCGACAGGCCACUGGUAUCUGGGACUGCAAGUCUUGCAAGCGCACCGUCGCCGGUGGCGCUUACGUCGUCUCCACCCCCGCUGCCGCCGCCAUGCGAUCGACUCUGCGACGACUCCGGGAGAUUGCUGAGGUUUAA